CCAUCAAUAUUAUUCAUUCCAAUCCAACGGUGUCUGAUAGUAUCUCAGGAAAGAAAACUAGCCGUUAUAAACAAUGAAACAGUCACUUAUUACUGCAAAGUGAAAAUCGAAAGCCGUAUUUCCCUUCUCUGCUUUCAAUUCAAAUAACCACAGCGAUUUCUCUCUGGUAAUUCAAAAUCAGAUCCAACAUUCCAUUUCGAUUCCAUCGAAAUCGAAAAACAAAACCUAGACUUUUUUAUUCAUUUUUCACUCUACGUAAUCAAACCCCGCAGAAGAAGAAAAGAGAAAGAAUAGCCUAGUCCCUACUGCUUCAGUCAUGGGCCUCAUGGCAGACAAGAAGAACAAGCAAGUGCAAGAAGAGAAGAAGAUCCCAGUCUUCACAGUAUUAAAGAAUGGUACUAUUCUCAAGAACAUUUAUCUCCUUGACAGCCCUUCUUCAAUAUCUGAAGAACCCAAGUCUAUUGAAUCCGGUGAGAAUGGCCAAAAAUCUUGGGAAGAGAUUUUGGUGGUGGGAAGACACCCGGAUUGCAAUAUCAUGUUAGAGCACCCAAGCAUUAGCAGAUCUCAUCUCAGGAUCUGCUCCCAACCCUCGUUACAGAAGCUUUCUGUGAUGGACUUAUCAUCUGCACAUGGGACAUGGGUUUCGGGGCAAAAGAUUGAACCCCAAGUUGUGGUGGAACUCACUGAGGGUGAUACCCUUAGUUUGGGUGCUUCAACGAGGGUUUACAGAUUGCAUUGGAUGCCUCUGAGUCAAGUGUAUAAUGUUGCAAAUCCAGUUAUAUAUCCAUCAGAUGCAUUGAAACAUGAAGAAGAAGAAGAAGAAACAUAUCAGGAUGAGAACUUAACGCCAGUUGUAAAGGGGAUGUCCCCAGCAGCACCUCCACCUCCAGAAACCUUGAAUUCUUCAUUCACUGAUAAAAAUUCAAUCAGAAACCCGUUCAUUCUUCCUUCAGCAGAUGCAUUACAAGAAGAAGAUGAUGAAACUUAUUGGGAUGAGAAUUCUUCAUUCCCCCAUGAGAAUUCAAUGGCAUUUGCAAAUACACAGAUCCUUUCUGCACCUCCCAUGCCAGAGUCUAUAAAUUCAUCCUCCCCUGAUGAAGAGGAAGCAGUGCAACAUAAAGAAGAGGUAAAGUCUGCUGGAGAAAAGCCUGCAAGAGAAAAACAGAGUCCACCAAGGAGAAUUCUGGACCAGAAGGACAUCUCUAACGUCUGGUAUGAACCUGUUGCAGCAGAAUCUGUGAAUUUGUCACUGCCAGUGGAGGAAAUUCUGUUAGAGAUCGGAGCCUCACAACUUGACAAAGAAAACCGGAGCCCAGAAGUCCUUUGUUCCAGGGAAGUUCUAACUGAAUGUGAAAAUCAGGAAACCCCUUUGGGAAGACCAGAAGUAAAGAGCAGUGCACCAAAUCUUUGGUCGCGAAGAGGCAAAGCCGCCAGUGUUCUUCAAAUUCAAACAGGGAGGAGCAAAGGAAAGUGUGUGGGAGCUGAUGCUAAUGUUCUAACAGAAGCAGAAAAUCAGAAAGCUGGAAAAGAGAACUCAAUUUCCAGGGAUCUUUUCCCUCAUUUGAAUGGAGAAGAAAUUUUCACUUUAGGUGAGGAGAAUUUCAGCCCAAAUACUCUUCUUGUCAAAUCCAUGAAUUUAUGCACAUUAUCAUCAGCCAAGAUUACUGCCAACUCCGAAGUAGCUCCAGAAGAACAGUUUUCUUCUUCAGAUAAGGAGAAUCAGACACCUAUGGCCAUGGCUCUCAAAGAAAGAAAAUCAGAGGUAAUUGUCUCACAAAAUCAAGCAAGGUUGGAAACUGGGAUAUCAAAGGUCAAGAGAGAAGCUGAGGGAGUGCUGUUUCAGUCCUUACUAUCAAACUCUAUUAGCAAAAGCAGGCCCCAAGUUUCAGUCCCUAAUGCUACUACCAAGAGCAGCUAUUCUGUCAACUGUACACAAUCCAUACAGAAAGACAGUAACCCUUCUGCUGUUAUGCUGCAGAAUCAAUCUCAUAAAGAGGCCAAGAAGUGGAACAUGGUGGUUGACACGACUUGUCUUCUAGACAAGGAUUCUAGAAGGUCAUUGAAGCUCCUACAAGGCCUCAAGGGAACACAACUCAUCAUUCCAAGAAUGGUAAUAAGGGAACUGGAUAGUUUGAAACGACGUAAAAGCCUCUUCAGAAAGACAUCAGAUGUUUCUUUGGCACUGAAAUGGAUAGAAGAGUGUAUGGUGAAAACAAAGUGGUGGAUUCAUGUUCAGAGUUCAAUGGAGGAGCCCUGGCCAAUUGCACAAACCCCUCCUGUUUCGCCUUGUUUAAGUGAGGCGAGUAAUGGGGGAAGGUCUACAAGUUUAGUGCCAUUGCCAUUUUCUUCCUUUGGGAGCUUGACACAGAUUGUUUCACUGACAGAAGAAGACCAUAUCCUUGAAUAUGCUCUGUCAUUCAAGAGAAUUAGAAAUGAUGGGCAGCUCAUUCUUCUCACAGAUAAUGUUACUCUGAAGAUCAAAGCCAUGGCAGAAGGGCUGCUCUGCGAAACUGCCAAGGAAUUCCGUGAAAGUCUUGUAAACCCUUACUCAGAGAGGUUCUUGUGGGCAGAAAGCACUCCAAGAGGACCUACUUGGUCUUGUGAGGAUGAUAUAGUUCUUAGGGAAAAGUAUUAUAAGUUCCCUAUCAAGAAGAGUAGUUUGAUGGGCUUGAAGCUUAUUUUGUUCCAUAAUUCACACUGUGGACUGAUUAAUCCAGUCAAAUGAAAACCUGUUCUGCACUUCUUGUAAAAACCUGUUUAAACUGAUGACAAUGGGAGUUGAGUUUCUUUAGUCUAGUUUGAAUGUAAAUGAAUCUAAAUUUUUUUGCUUUA